AUGGCAACAGCUAGACGUCGUCUUUUACCUACUCUCAAAGUAAAAAAUGUUCCACCUCCACGUUUACCAUCACCCGAAAAAACAAUAAAAAAAAAUGAAAAAGAUUUGGAUUCAUUAGAACAACGUCUUCUUCAUAUUCGUCUUCAUCUUCUACAAAAUACAUCUCGAACACAAAUGCCAACUGAACCAACACUUGUAUUUGAUUCAUUUCUUUACUUAGGUGGUCUAAAAUAUCUUAGUAAUAAAGUUCGUCUUAAACGUCUUAAAAUAACUCAUAUACUAUCAGUUGUUUUUAUUCCACCAGCUAAAACUCUCAUUGCACCAAAUAUAAAACAUUUAUUUUUAAAAGCUGAUGAUAAUGUUGCAUUUAAUAUGACACCCUAUUUUGAACAAGCAUGUCAAUUUAUUGAAGAAGCACAUCAAUCGAAAGGUGCUGUACUUGUUCAUUGUGUUUGUGGUGUAUCUCGUUCAACAACUCUAUGUUGUGCUUAUCUAAUGAAAUAUCAUUCCAUGACACUUGAACAAGCUUUAGUACAAUUACGUUCACAUCGUCAUAUAAUACAACCAAAUAAUGGUUUUCUCCGACAAUUACUUGUCUAUGGUGAACGAUUGAAAAUUGAAGAAAUUAAUCGUGUUAAUACAAUGACUGAACAGUUAAAGAAUAUUUAA